AUGGAUACCAAUAACGCCACAGAGGCUCUCGCGUACAUCUUCGGUAAGCUGACCACGGACUUCGAGCUCGAUAUCACGGUCAGGGAGAAGCCCGUCCUCGGUAUCGACGACCUCUUGCUCUUGCUCAACUAUCACUGGGCACGCGAUACUUCUACCUUCCCUACGGAGCGGUACCGCGUGCAGUUUGCACUGAUCCUGCUUCUCCUCUUUGCUACCGGAUGCCGGCCUAUGGAGCUGGUUGACGCGAAGAAGAAGAAGAUGAGGAGGCGGACUCCCGGCCUCGAUGACGACGAAACUUGCGCUGAUGAUACGGAUGACGAGGGCUUUGACGAUACUGAAGUUGGCGCUGAUGCCGACUUUGGCUUCGAUAGCGAUAAUGACCACGACAGUGCUAUUACUGACUUGGGCCCCGAGGAUGAUAAUGAUAGCUCUAAUGACGACGUUGCUAUGAGCGACCCCUAA